UUUUGACUCUCCAGGAUUUGACAGAAUAAAGUCAUCUGUGAUCCUGUGAUUUGGAUUUAAUUUUUUGAGAAAUGUUCAUUCCUAAUUUGCUACAGUGGUGUUCCAACUCAAAAAUACGUAUUCAUUUGUGAUGUGAUUCUUAGAAUAUUUAAAAAUGGACUCGAAAUAUAGUGUACCAAUUAUUCCUCAAAACUUGUAUAAACAUGAGACUAUUGUACAAAUUGCAGAUGUUUUGGACCAUUUAUCCAAUAUAACUGAUGAAAUAUUUUCCCAAAUCAACAAGAGACUGGAAAGUAGCACAGAAAAGUUAUCAGACAUAUCUCACCGAGUAGAUAUUGUAAAUAAAAAAAUUAAUACUCUCAAGGGAGCGAAAAAAGCCACUCAAGUUUUUUCAAGUAGCAAGUACCCUGCCACCAAUGUUUAUAAAGAAUAUACAUCAGUCUUUCACGAUUCUGCUCCUAUAGAACUGAAAAGACAUAAUGUAAAAUUAAAAAGUAUUCCAUCCACUUACGAACCUGUGGAUAAAUUACAGUUCUAUCAUGUGAACGUUAAUAACAAAAAUAAAAAAAAAAUGGAGGGAUUGGGAGGGGUGCCUCAAGACAUAGAUUUUGUAAACGAUUUAUUAUUAUACAAUUCUGGAAAGAAUUUAUACAAACACUUUGUGAUUUCCGAUGCCUUGAAGGGCCCCCAGAAUAUUAGGGAAGCCGAAGAAAAUAUAUCAGAAAUUGGUGCAGCCCCUUAUUCUAUAAGUGAGAGAUCCACAAUGAUAAGAUCUCGUGCUCAGAGUUACUUUUAUGCUCCUCAAAUAGAAGAAGUGCCUGCACUUGAUGUGCCAUUAGAUUUGCCAGAUUUACCUGGGAUUGCCGAUGAUCUUCAUUACGAUAGCGAACUGGGGCCCGGUAUUGCUCCAUCUGCAGAUAUUUCACAAACAGUCUUAGAGCUAGAAUUAGAAAGUAGUGCCCUGCCAACUAUAAAUCAGAUAGAAACUGAACUCGAGAAAGAAGACAUUCCAGUAUCAAAUCUCCCCCCACUUCCCCCACCGCCACCUGAAGAGUUGCCUAAACCUCCGCCUGAGCCUAAACCUGCAAACGAUGAAGAAAUAAAAGAGAUUAAGAAUCAACCUGAGGUGGUUCUCAGAAACCAUAUUCCGCCACCUCAGGAUGAUAUGCGAUCUAGUUUAAUGGAGGCAAUCAGAAAUGCUGGGGGCAAAGGGAAGGCAAAAUUGAAACCUGUUGAGGAAAAUAAAAAACCAGCAGUUAAAGUAGUACCUCAGGGAGGAGAUUUGAUGGCAGACCUUCAUAACAAACUGUUCAUGAGAAGGAAGGGAAUAUCCGGAGCAAAGCAACCCCAAGAAAAUAGUAUCGAUGCAGAUUCUACUCUCUCACGGAUUUCAGCAAUGAUUCCUCCACCAGAUCCUAGACAAGAACAAGAAGUUGAAUCAACUUCAAAUGAUGAAGACUGGGAGGAAUAAAUGAAAAAGGCCAUGACACUUUCAAAGUUGAAGAGUGGAAAAAACGUAAAAAUUUAUUAGUGAAUACUCUUGCUACAGUUAAUUAUAUAGUUUUUUCUACCAAAGAAUGAUAUCGAAAUAUGUAUGAUAUACAGUGAAGUAAAAAUAUUUAACAAUAUAUUUUAAUAUGAAAAUUGAUGUUAUUAGAGAUUUUUUACAGAAAAUUGUUAUUGCUAUGAUGAAAGUAAGCAGAGUGGAUUAAUUCCAUUAUAUACCCAGAUGAAGCUUUACUAAUUUAGGUUUAAUGUACUGUAAUGUUAGUGGAUAUUUGUGGUUUUCCCCUCUGCUUAAUAAAUGCAUUUAUUAAAAGUGAUAAGAAAGUGCCA